ACGGCUGACUCGUUGUAUUGACUGGAAAGUGUGUUUACUUGUAUUUUAUUAUUAAUUUGUUAAGCCAUUUAUUUUAAUUAUUGCGACGUUUUAUUACAAUUACAUUGUGUCAGCUCAGCUAGUUUCCAAGCAUGGAAGAGGACAAAUUUGCUUUGGUUGAGAAAAUAAUUAAGGAUAUUGACAAUGUUAUGUCGAAAAAUGCUGAGUUGUGUUCCUUUGAUAUAGUUCCUGUGGAGUCUAAUUUUCAAAAUAAAUCUCCUGUCUUACAUUUGGAAAACUGUCUUGGUUUGGAGUCUUGGUGUGUGAAACAUGUAUACAUGUAUUGUUAUACUGAGCUCAUGGAUAAGUACUUUUCUAAACCCAAGAGGAAGUCUUUGAAAGUAACUUCUGUCAUGUCGGGUCGCUUGACCAGGAUACUCAAUGUUACAUUGUUGCUGAACCCUGAAUUAACGUCGUUAUGGAAUAAAAGAAGAGAUUUGGUGCUCAAAAUGUUGUUGGAAAAGUCGUCAGAACUGCGAUUUACUAGACUAGUGCUUUCCAGGAAGCCUAAAUGUAAUGAUGCAUUUGCCUAUCGAAGAUGGCUCUUGGAUGCAAUAUUAAAAGAUGAUAACCUUCAAAGUAAUUACAUUGAAAAUUUGGCGAAUGAAGAGCUUCAUAUCUGUGAGCUAGCUUCAGAUAAAAGUCCAAAUAACUAUCAUAGCUGGAACCAUCGCACUUGGGUGAUGAACAAACUCAAAAAGUAUGAGAAACAGUUUGAUUUAAACUUCCUGUAUGUUAAGGAAUACGACUUCUCUGAACGAUGGUCAUCAAAACACGUGUCAGAUUUCAGUUGCUUCCAUUAUAGACAGUUUUGUAUCAAAAACAUAUUUACAAUAAGCAACAACAGUUGGAAGUCUUUAGAAACUUCCAUCAAUGGUAAUUUACGUAAAACUUUUGUUAGAGUCUUAGCAUUACAUUUUCCCAAAGACUUUUCCAUUCAAGCGUCCGAAAACGAUUUGAUAAGCUAUACAGAGGAUAAUUUGGUUAACUUACUUCUUUCUUAUACAGUUAAGAAUUGUAAUUGCAUCACAAACAACUCAUUAGUUUGUAGGAAACUUGAGAUAUUGUUUCAUGAAAUGGUCUUAAAUAAUGAGCUGCUAAGAUAUUACAAGUAUCAUGAAACAUUAUGGUAUCACAGAAGAUUCAUUAUACAUGAGAUUAUUGCUAUCAUGUAUGAGUAUUAUGGAGUGGUUCGUCAGAAUGGAGCACUAGUAAAAAAUGUAUGUAAGAAAUGUAAUUUGGAUGAGAUAAGACAAAAACAGCCAAAGAUGGGCCGGUAUGAUGGUGAACGUGUUUACUCAAGCAUACUUUUUAAAGUCACAUUGGCUCAUGAAAUGAAUUACAUUCAGGAAAGGAGAAAUGACAAUGAUAAUUAUGCAGAUAGACAUGAAAAGUAUUUGAAAUUCGUAGAAGGUCUCAACAAUUCUUUUUCAACUUAAAAAUAUAUUUCACAUUUGAAUAAAAUCACAAUACUUGUAACUUAAAUCACAAUAGUAAUAUAUUGGGAUUUUUAUUAUUUAAGGUUUAUGUAGAAAUAAAUGUAUUUAUUCAUCCUGUUUAGAUGUAGGGUGAUUCUACAAUAUAUUGUUUUAUGAUUUAUCUGGCAGAUUUUGCUUUAAUGACUAAUUAUAUGAAAUGAGAGUGUUAAUUACCAGUGUCAUUGCCAAAAAAUCUACUAGAAAAUUUUAAAAAAGUAGAAUCAUUUUGUACUGAAAGUUCCAUUCUGAACCUGUUUUUUAAACUUGCAUUUCUACUUAAAUUUUUUUGUAAAAGCAGCUUUUAGACUGAAACCUACAUUCAACUAAACUAUUAUAAUUUCGAAUGCAAUCAAUUUUAGUGACAGAUCUAAUUUUUUUUACAAUUAUUAUUUUUUCAAUAACAUUUCUGUGGUAAAAAUAAUACUGCUCUGUUAGAAUGAACUAAAAGAUGAUUUUCUUUUGUAAGCUCCUGUAAGAAAAAAAUGUUUUGGUUUAUUUCAAAUUAAAUAUUUAAAUUGAAUUAUAACUAUAAAAUAGGUAUUUGAAAUUAAUUUGAGUGCAUGUUUGUGUUGAUUGUUUUAUGGUUGAGUAUAUACCAAAUAAUUAUGAAAAUA